CCGAGAGGAGGCGAGGGAGGAAAUUCUCCGCGUUGGCGCCCGUCUCCCGUUUCCCGGAUUCCGCCUUUGGGCUUCUCCAACGCCGCCCGUGGGAGGGGGAGCCGGACCACCGCUUUCAAGAUGUUUUUUAAAGAGACCCUCGCCGUCAUUUUGCUGUGGGGGAUUUUCCCCACCGAAUCCAGGGAAUCCCGCGGCCACGUUUCGGUCGUCCUUCUAGGCGCCACGGGAGAUUUGGCCAAGAAAUACCUGUGGCAAAGCUUGUUCCAGCUUUACGUCGACGAAGUGUCGAACGGGCACACGUUCACUUUCUAUGGGGCCGGUCAGAAGGACCCCGACGUGGGGAGAAAGCUGAUGUUUGGUCCCUUGAAAAGCCUGGCCUGCUCGCCGGAGGUGGCCCCCAAUAGAUGCGCGGUGCUAAAGGACCAGUUCUUGAAAUUAACGGAGUACCACCAACUCAAAGGAGAGGAAGACUACGCCAGCCUCAACCGGGGCAUUAAAACCAGCCUUGCUCAGGAGGAACUUGUGGAAACCGGCCGUAUCUUUUACCUGUCCGUGCCGCCGUUCGCCUAUGCCGAAAUUGCCCGGCAUAUUAACAGCAGCUGUAGGCCGCCUUCCGGCGCCUGGUUGCGCGUGGUGCUGGAGAAACCUUUCGGCCACGAUUUGUUGUCUGCUCAACAACUGGCAGAGGAGCUCGCCGCCGUCUUCCGCGAAGAGGAAAUUUACCGGGUGGAUCAUUACCUAGGGAAGCAGGCGGUGGCUCACAUUUUACCCUUCCGGAACCAAAACCGAGAAAAAUUGGACCCACUCUGGAACCGCCAUCACGUGGAACGCGUGGAAAUUGUUCUGAAAGAGACGGUGGAUGUCAAAAAUCGCACGGAGUUUUACGAACAGUACGGGGUCCUUCGCGACAUCCACCAGAACCAUCUCACCGAAAUCCUGAUGUCUCUCGCCAUGGAGCUGCCGGCUAACCUCACCAACUCGGAAGAAGUCCUCCGGAGGAAACUUGGCGUUUUCUCUUGCUUGCGAAGCUUGGAAAAAACCAGCGCCGUGAUUGGCCAGUACGAGGCGUACGGCGCCCACGUGAGGGAGGAGCUUCAGAAGGGGCAGGACUAUUUCACCACGACGCCGACGUUUGCAGGGGUGCUGGUUCAUGUGGACAAUCUACGUUGGGAAGGGGUACCGUUCGUCCUGAUGUCCGGCAAAGUCCUCGACGAACGGGCCAGCUACGUCCGCAUCCUGUUCAAAAACCAGGCGCACUGCAUCCAGACCGAGAGCGCCUGGGAGGCCGAACGCAGCCACUGCAAGCCGAAACAGAUCAUCUUCUCCAUUGUGCACGGAGAGCUGAGCUCGCCCGCGAUCCUAGUCAGCCGCAACCUCUUUAAGCCAGCCAUGCCCCGCGGCGCCUGGAAAGAGUUCCAGGAUCACCCGCAGCUGCGCCUUUGGGGACAAAGUCUAUCCGAUUAUCACGUCUAUGUCCCCGCAGCCCAGCGGGACGCUUAUUCCUUCCUGCUGUCCGCGAUCUACCAUGGGAAAAAAGAAUCCUUUAUCACCACGGAGAAUCUGCUGGCUUCGUGGGCGUUUUGGUCCCCGUUGCUGGAUCAGCUGAGCCGCGAAUCGCCCCGCCUGUAUCCUGGAGGCCCAGAAAACGGGCACCUGUUGGAUUUCGAGAUGGUCGGCAAGGAAGCGGCUUUCAUAGCAAGAGAGACGCUGGAGGUGAUCGAUCCCGAGGAUAAACACACCGCCGACAAAUUCCAGACCCUACUUUCCACCUUUCGAGGAAGCCGGUUGGUUACCGCCUGGGCAGACGACCUCAUUGGCCGUCUGGCGUCCGACAUAGAAACCGCGGCGCUCGACGCCAUCCGGAGGCGCGGAGAAUUCCACUUGGCGCUUUCCGGCGGCUCGAGCCCCUUGGCCUUGUUCAGGCAGCUCAGCAGGCAUCGUUACGGCUUCCCGUGGAAGCAGACUCACUUAUGGAUGGUGGACGAGCGCUGCGUCCCGCUCGCCGACCUGGAAUCGAAUUUCGGCCACUUGCACCAGCACUUACUCCAAUAUAUCCGGAUUCCUUAUUUCAACAUCCAUCCGAUGCCAGUACAUCUGAACCGGAGACUUUGCGUGGAAGAAGACCGAGGGCCGGAGCUGUACGCCAACGAGAUCGGGGCCCUGGUAGCCAACUCCAGCUUCGAUCUGGUUAUCCUGGGAAUGGGCACCGACGGGCACACGGCCUCUCUCUUCCCAUCCUCAGCCAGCCUGGAAGCGGAUAAGGACGUCAUCUUCGCCGAGAGCCCCACGAAACCUCACCAGCGCAUGACAGUCACUCUGUCUCUUAUCAACAAGGCCAGACAGGUGUCUGUCUUAGUGAUGGGGAAAAGCAAACACGAGACUGUCUCUAUUGUCAGUCGAGCGGGGAACGAGCCCCAGAAAUGGCCGAUAUCGGGCGUGAAGCCCCAAAAUGGCCAGGUCUCCUGGUACAUCGACUAUGAAUCUUUAAUGGGGUGAUCCUCCUGAAGCUGUGGGUCGCCCCCCCCUUCCCCGCCCCUCAACCUGGCGUUUCUCAGCAGAAAUCCUUCAGUGUAUGUGCGGUGUGAAAAUCGUCUGAGGGAUGAAUUGAGGGAAGGAAAAAAAACGCCAUUUAAAAAAAAAAAAACUUCAAGGAUCACCUCAGGCUAGGCUGUUUUUCUUCUCAUUAAAUUGUCUUAAUAACAGCCAGCCAGUUUUUCUCUCCCCACCCAGGAAGUGGCUUAAUUCCCUGUUUGUCAGUAGCCGUGGUUUGUGGAGCCUAUGUAAGCUUCAUUGAAACAACGUGCAGCUUGCUUGAUGGCCGCUUCCUCCUCCCUUUAAUUAAUUUAUCUAAUUCUUGUUAAUUGAGCCAUCAGAGAUGGCAUUCAUUACCGCACCUUGUGGCGAAGAGUUCCACCGGCUAUGAUUGGCCUCUGGAACUUUUCAAGUGGGAGAGGUACGAAAAAAAAAAUUUCAGUUCUUUUCUAAUUUCCUGAUCAAGGAACAAAUUUGCUGUGUGCCUCAAGUUUCCCCCUUCGGGAGUUAUUUAAAACAAACUACCUCGCAGAGUUCAAUCCCAGGUAAAAAAUAUACAGUCUGCAAGAAAAUUCAGUUUUGGGAUAAAAUUAAGCAGGUAUAUCGAUGUUCCGGUGUGGACCGAUAUGGGUUCUGAGAUUUUUGCUCCUUUUGGGUAUGGAAAAAAGGCAGGUUGGUUUUGGCCUGUAGAAGUUUGGGCCGAGUUCAGAAAAUUGCACCUCUAAGCAAACAAAGUUUUGCUGGCACUCCUCCGAUUCAAAUCGGCACAAUCCUGCUCUAGGUCAGAGAUUUAUCUUGCAAUCUGGUUUUGAUUUGGUGUCAAAACAGUUGCUAAAACUGAUUUGGGGUAAGUGUGGGGGGGGGAUAGAGAAAUGUAAUUUUACCACCAGGUGGUGCCCUUUCCUAAUUUUUAGCAUUUUUAUUUUUCAGGAUAAAACUUUUGCAAAAAAAAAAAAGAGAGAGAAACAGAAAACAGUGACCAGGUGGGGGUGUUAGGGACUGUAAUUCUUCAAACCCAUGAGGGCAGCCAGUUGCAGAAGCCUAUGCUAGCAUUUAAAAAACUGGGACAAACCAUGUUUGCUUUUUCUGAAUUUAAACUGCAGAUGAUCAAUGUUUGAUGGAAUUAUUGCAAUAAUAAGAAAGUGCCUUAAAGAGCUAUUUCCUGCUAAAGUGUGUUCAAACACGGCCGCUUUUAGGGGUGUGGACUUCAACUCCCAGAGUUCCCAAGCCAGCCUGGGGAAUUCUGGGAGUUGAGGUCUGCACCCCUUAAAGUGGCAGUGUUUGGGGAAAAAAAAAAACAACACUCUUGAUUUAAACGGAGAUUUUCCACUUGCCAUUUUCAAUACUACUGAUAUUUUUAAACUGAAAUCUUCCUGUUUUUGUCCAAAAGGAUCGAUGUUCGGUAUUUAUACGCCUGAAAUAAUCUUUUUCUUUAAGAAAAAAAAAAUUUUUUGUAAAAGAAAAUUGUAAUA